UCCAUACUGGUCCAUACUGGUCCGUACUGGUCCUUAUUGAUGGAUGUGCAGUGUGUACUGAUCCAUACUGGUCCGUACUGGUCCGUACUGGUCCUUAUUGAUGGAUGUGCAGUGUGUACUGAUCCAUACUGGUCCGUACUGGUCCGUACUGGUCCUUAUUGAUGGAUGUGCAGUGUGUACUGGUCCAUACUGGUCUGUACUGGUCCAUACUGGUCCGUACUGGUCUGUCCCCUGUCCCCACAGGCCCCACGGCGACGCCUGGACAGGACCAACAUGGAGCCCUGAGAGGAGGCGCGGCCGCGGGGAUGGCGAAGCUGCUGGUGCCGCUGGUGAUGCUGGGCGCCGUGUCCGGGGCGGGGGUCCCGGUGUCCCCCCCAUCGCCGCGCUGCCCCCCGCGCUGCCUGUGCCCCGCGGCCGCGCCCAGCCCCACGCUGCUGUGCGCCCGCACGGGGCUGCUGGCCGUGCCGCCCAGCCUGGACCGCGGCGCCGUGGAGCUGCGCCUGGCCGACAACUUCAUCGGCGCCGUGGGCCGCGCCGACUUCGCCAACAUGAGCAGCCUGGUGCACCUGACGCUGUCGCGGAACGGGCUGCGCCGCCUGGCCCCCGGCGCCUUCGCCGACCUGCGCGCGCUGCGGGCGCUGCACCUGGACGGGAACCGGCUGCCGGCGCUGAGCGGGCCGCAGCUGCGCGGGCUGGCCAGCCUGCGCCACCUCAUCCUGGCCAACAACCAGCUGGCCGCCAUCGACGCCGCCGCCUUCGCCGCCUUCGCCGCCACCGUGGAGGACCUGGACCUGUCGCACAACAACCUGCCGGCGCUGCCCUGGGACGCCGUGGCCGCCAUGGGCAGCCUGGCCACGCUGACUCUGGACCACAACCUGCUGGAGCGGGUGCCGGCCGGCGCCGUGGCACGGCUGCCGCGCCUGGCCAGGCUGGACCUGACGGCCAACCGGCUGCGGGCGCUGCCGCCGGUGCCGGGGCCGCCGGGGCCGGCGCUGGCGGCCGGGGGGAACCCGUUGCACUGCAACUGUGAACUGCUGUGGCUGCGCCGCGUGGCCCAGCCGGGCCGCCUGGAGACCUGCGCCACGCCGGCGCCGCUGGCCGGGCGGCUGCUGGGCGCCGUGCCCGAGGAGGAGCUGACCUGCCGGGCACCCGCCGUCACCGCACUGUGCCGCGCCGCGCCCGCCUGCCGUCACCCUAGGGCAGCCUCUCGUCUUGGUUGCGCCUCCGUCCGUGGACCCCCGCCCGCGCUGCACUGGCUGGGCCCCGACUGGCGCGUGGUGCAGAACGGCUCCCGGCGCUCGGUGGGUGCCGACGGCUCCCUGGAGCUGCGCGUGGCCACCCUGAGAGACCACGGCGGCUUCACCUGCGUGGCCGCCAAUGCGGCGGGCGAGGCGGCCGCGCGCGUCGACGUGGUGGUGGUGCCGCUGCCGGUGCCGCGGGGGGCGCGGGACGGGGACGGGGACGGCGCCGAGGCGGGGCCCGGCCCCUCGGAUAUGGCCCAGGCGGGCGGCAAUGACACCUGGGGGGGGCCCGGGGAGCGGCGCGUGGUGGCGGCCGAGGUGACGGCGUCCUCGGCGCGCAUCCGGUGGCUGCCGCAGCGCCACGUGCCCGGCGUGCGCAUGGUGCAGAUCCAGUACAACAGCUCGGCCGACGACGCCCUGGUCUACAGGUUGUUGCCCCCCUCCAGCCGCACCUUCGUGCUGCGGGACUUGGCCCCGGGGCGCCAGUACGAGCUCUGCGUGUCCGCGCUGCGCGUGGCCGGGGACCCCCCCGCCGCCCCCCGCCCGCUCGGCUGCGUCUCCUUCGCCACGGCCGCCGCCCCUCCGGGCUGCUCCGCGCCGCCCCGGCCCCACUUCCUGGGGGGCACCGUCAUCAUCGUCAUCGGCGCCGCCAUCGCCGCCUCCGUGCUCGUCUUCAUCCUCAUCCUCACGGCGCGCUGGAAGGCGGCGGCGGGGGCGCGGCGCCCCCCGCCCGCGCUCACCAGCGUCUGCUCGCAGACCAACGGCGGCCCCCGGCCCGCCGAGACCCCCGAGCUGCCCCCGCUGCCCCCGGCGGCGGCGGGCGGGGGUCCCGCGGCGGCGGGGGGGGCGCGGGGGUUGUUCCCCAGCCACAGCUACCCCCGGCGGGCGCGGCCGCGGCGCCACGGGUCCCUGCCGCGGCUGGACGCGCCUGAGGGGAGCCCCCUGGGCCCCCCCCUGCGCCCCUCCUUCGGCAGCACCCACUGGAUGCUGGAGAGCACCGUCUGAGGGGGGGGACGGUGGGAAUCCCCCCCGACCCCGUCUCGGGACCCCCCUUCGGCAGCGCCCACUGGGACCCCCCAAAUCCUCCUGGGGGGGCGGCGGUGGGACCCCCCCCUCCGUUCCCGGGUGGUCCCGGGUGACCAAACGCAACCCCGGCGGCUCUUGCGGGGGGGGGGGGAGGUCCUGGGAGCCCCUCCGGACCCGUUUGGGAUCCCUCGUGGGUGCCACCAGGUGCCGCUGGGAACCCGCCAGGUGUCCCCCCCCCGCCCUGGGGGUACCUGUAUGCAAACCUUUCCCCCCGAAAAACCCGCACGCGUGGGGACCCCCGGCACUUGCGGGCGGAGGGACCCGCGUGGGGGCCGCGACGGGGACCGCGCCCCCCCUCCCCCCGAAUCGCGCGUGGCGUGUCCGGAAAACCCUGCGGCUCCCCCCACGCGUGUGUGUCUCCCCCCACCCCCCCGAGAUGCGCACUUGGGACUUGUGUGUGCGCCCCAAAAUUCGU